UAAUCCGCUGCCAUCAUCAAUUUGGUGAAAUAAAAACGCCGGUGCACCCAGUGUCCAGCAGUAGUCAUCAGAGAGAGCUCUGCAGAAGAUGGCUUGCAGAACCUCAGCAUUCCUGCUGGCCUUGUGCCUUCUUGGGGCCUUCGCCGAAGAAAAAGUCAAAACUGCAGAAGAGUCUCCUGAACUCAAGCGCGUCGAGAAGAGCGCUGGCUACGGAGGUGGCUAUGGCGGCGGCGGCGGCUAUGGCGGAGGUGGCUAUGGAGGCCAUGCUGCUGGAGGCUAUGGCGGUUCCGCCGGCUACGGUGGUCACGCUGCUGGCGGCUACGGCGGCUCUGGAGGCUACGGAGGUGGUCACGGAGGCUAUGGUGGCAUGAGCAGCGGCUAUGGAGGCCAUGCUGCUGGAGGCUAUGGCGGUUCCGCCGGCUACGGUGGUCACGCUGCUGGCGGCUACGGCGGCUCUGGAGGCUACGGAGGUGGUCACGGAGGCUAUGGUGGCAUGAGCAGCGGCUAUGGAGGCCAUGCUGCUGGAGGCUAUGGCGGUUCCGGUUACGGUGGACACGCUGCUGGAGGCUAUGGAGGCAUGGGAGGAUACGGAGGUGGCCACGGAGGCUAUGGCGGAGGUGGCUAUGGAGGUCACGCUGCUGGAGGUUACGGCGGUUCCGGAUAUGGAGGCCAUGCUGCUGGAGGCUAUGGAGGCAUGGGAGGAUACGGAGGUGCCAAGGGAGGAUAUGGCGGCGGCGGCUAUGGCGGACACGCUGCUGGAGGCUAUGGAGGCGGCUAUGGUGGACACGCUGCUGGCGGUUAUGGCGGUUCCGGCUAUGGAGGUGCCAAGGGAGGAUAUGGCGGCGGCGGCUACGGCGGACACGCUGCUGGAGGCUAUGGCGGUUCUGGCUAUGGUGGACACGCUGCUGGAGGCUACGGAGGCGGCUAUGGUGGUCACGCUGCUGGAGGCUAUGGCGGUUCUGGCUAUGGUGGACACGCUGCUGCUGGUUACGGAGGCGGCUAUGGUGGACACGCUGCUGGCGGCUAUGGCGGUUCCAGUUACGGAGGUGCCAAGGGAGGAUACGGCGGCGGCGGUUACGGCGGACACGCUGCUGGAGGCUAUGGCGGUUCUGGCUAUGGUGGACACGCUGCUGGAGGCUACGGAGGCGGCUAUGGUGGUCACGCUGCUGGAGGUUAUGGCGGUUCUGGCUAUGGAGGACACGCUGCUGGCGGCUAUGGCGGUUCCGGCUACGGAGGUGCUAAGGGAGGAUACGGCGGCGGCGGCUACGGCGGACAUGCUGCUGGAGGCUACGGAGGCGGCUAUGGUGGUCACGCUGGAGGCUAUGGAGGCGGAUACGGCGCGCCGGUAUCUAGCUAUGGAGGUAAGGGCGGCUAUGGCGGCGGUGGAUACGGCGGCAGCUACGGCGGCGCCAAAGGAGGCUACGGUAGCAGCGGCGGAUACUAAACCGCACCACAAGACUCAUGGAUCCCGGUGACAAAUGACUGACGCAACGACUGGACAGCACCAGAGGAUGGCUUUCAACUGAUGCUGAAAACACUCACGCAACCAACAAAACCCCAGUAGUUUAUAGCACCUAAACAUAAUUGAUGUAAAAUUUAUUUUGUGCUCCCUGCCAUUAUUUUCUCAUCAAAAAUUGUUACAUUUUGUAUAGACUGUUUUGAUAAUAAAAUUUGCAAUUUUUGUAGAAAAUACAAA